GUAUUGGAGGCCAUAGGACUUGGUGAGCUUGUUGAUGAAGACGGUACUCUUAGGAGCCCUAGAGAUCCUGCUCCGCUAUGGGAUGAUGAAGAAGAGCGAGACUCUGGCCCUAGUUAUAUGGAUAACACGGAAAAGGUGCAUUUUAAGAAUUCAGACAACUUUUUAGCAUAG